GACGUACAGGACGAUAGUACAGGAAGCUGUGGCACGUUAAAGAGGAACUGAGCACCGCUGUUUCUCCUGUGUCUGCUUUGUGUAAAACCAGCCCCAGUAUGAAGUAUGGAGAGUCAGGAUGUUACCAAAGUCGUCCUGCUGGCCUGUGGUUCCUUCAACCCCAUCACCAACAUGCACCUGAGAAUGUUUGAACUCGCUCGAGAUCAUCUGGAAGACACAGGUCAGUACAGGGUGGUAAAAGGCAUCAUCUCUCCCGUGGGUGAUGCCUAUAAGAAGAAGGGUUUGAUCGAGGCCUGUCAUCGGCUGGAGAUGGCAAGAUUGGCCACAAAGGACUCAGACUGGAUCACUGUGGACACCUGGGAGAGUCUGCAGCCAGAGUGGGUGGAGACAGCUAAAGUUGUUCGGCAUCACUUUGAAGAACUGCUGGAAGCAGAGCAGAACACUGAUGAUGUGGACACGGUCAAGUACACAAAAAGGAGACGAAUAGAGGAGAAUCAUUUGGAAAGUUCAUCCUGUCACAGAGGCAGAGAUGCUGUUCGGCUGAUGUUGCUGUGUGGAGCAGAUGUCCUGGAGUCCUUCGGCAUCCCUAAUCUGUGGAAGCAGGAGGACAUUGCUGAGAUUGUGGGCCGCUACGGUUUGGUUUGCAUCACCCGCAGCGGCAAUGACCCACACAAAUUCAUCCACCAAUCAGAUAUGCUGUGGAAAUAUCGCAAGAACAUCAUCGUGGUCCAAGAGUGGGUGACCAAUGAGAUCUCGGCUACUCAUGUUCGCCGGGCACUGCGGCGUGGUCGGAGCGUCAGGUACCUGCUGCCGGACAAAGUGGUGCACUACAUAAAGGAGAAGGGCCUCUACAGUGCUGAGAGCGAGCAGAAGAAUGCAGACGUGGUUCUAGCACCCUUUCAGAGAUACACAGGAGCCUCCUCAAGCUGAGGAAGUUGUUGCUGUUUGCAGGAAGUGCUGUGAAUUUACUGUGAUUUACAUGAAAUAAGACAAACUUUAGUCUGCUUUUUUAUGCUUCUUCCAGUGCCUACCAAAUAAAAAAAUAUUUUCAAAUGUUUUUAGAAUAUUAAUCUGUGUAAAGUUCUCUGACUGAGAUGACUUUGUUACACUAUUACCUGCUUUUGUGAAAAGGUGUGAUAGUCAUAAAAAAAUAACUGAGCAAUAGUUCAACCAGCUUGCAGGCAGAGGUGGAAAAAGCACCCAACUUUUGUAGUCAAGUAAAGGUGGAGUAGUCCUUUAGAAACACCUGAAGUCUCAGACAUGAACUCUAGCUCAGUGGAUAACUUCACUCGUGGUGCAAAAGUGUCACACAUCAAAAACAACAACAAUCCACUAGAACAACUUCUAGACUCUCUGCCCAAGGGCAUGAUGGGGAACUCUGCCCACACAUCACCCCAGAUGUGAAACCUUAAUGGGCGGAGCUUAGAUCAGUUGCCCCUUCACAGAGUAUAACUAACACUGAUGGACCCACACUGUUAAAUAUCUCCAACACUGAAGACCAUUUCACUCAGAAUGGGAUUAAAAUUACACUUUGGAAAUCAGCUUCAAAAUGUUUAACCCUGAGAUAUCAACACUCUGAUUUUUACUGUGCUGUUUUAAGAUGUGAUGUGGAAUCAUUGUGUCUUUAUGUGCUACUGUGUAGUCAACAAAAGUGGAAAAAGUACAAGAGUAUAGUACUCAAGUAAGCACAGUUACUCUGUUUAAAUCUUCCUUAAAUAGAAGUAAAAAGUGCUGAUUUCAAAAUAGACUCAAAAAGUACAAGCACUCCAAAAACCUACUCAAUUACAGUAAUCUGAGCAAAUGUAACUAGUUACUUUCCAUCCUUGCUUGCAGGUCAGCUAAAUGUUAACCCUAAUUAUAAAUUUAAAACAUGUAUUUAUCUAGAAUUGUACUAAUUUGUGUGUAAUGGUCUGCAUGUUUUGACUUUGCUUAAAACAAUUAAAGGAACAAAUUUCUUUUAACAGUUAGGCUUUCUUAAUCUCAUUUUUGCGCUUACUAUCUUCACUUUCCAAACUCAUCUAAUCACAUUUUCCACUCGUUACCUUGAGAGGGAUUUUACCUCCUGAGGCAAGGAAUGAAAUUUGCAUCGAAUAUGUUUUUCUGUUGAUUUAAAGAUGAAGGACUGAUCUUCAAUGACUGGAAACAAA